AUGGAAAAAUUUAGAGCUUAUGCUGAUUCACAUACAGGAAUCAAUCUCUUUGUGCCAGCCUUUGUUAAUUAAAAAAUAUCCCCCCUUAUCCUUUUAAUCCACAUAAUUCUAGGAUCCUUAUUAAUUUUGAUUAGAAUUCCUCUAUUGGCCAUUUUGAUCCUAUUAUUAAAAACAUUGAAUGCUUUGAAAGUAGACUCUCUAAAUUAAUUGAUUGGUAAAUUGAUGUUGUUUACAUGUGGAUUUGUUAACAUCGAGAAUUAGAUUCCAAUUCAAGAUAAGGGUGGAUAACUCAUUUUAUCAAAUCAUUCUAGCCCAAUAGAUUGGAUAUAUUUCUUAGCUUAAUCAUCACCAAACUUUGCAACAUUUGUAGAAAAUGGCGACGAAAUCAGAUAUCAAAUGCUAUCCUUAAAUUAAGUACUUAAGAAUUUGUUUUCAAUUACUACUGUAUAAACAGGAACUGGAGUAUACUUAAAUUAAGUGAUAUAUUAAGAUAAACCAACUUUAUUGUUCUUUGAAGGUUGUUAGACCAAUCAAUUAGGAGUGUUAUCACCACCAAGAUAAAUGAUUACUGAAUUACAGAAACUGGGAUAACCUAUUAACAUUUAUGUGUUAACUUACCCAGACAAAUCUAUUUUUACUCCUAUUAAUACUACAAGGAAUGGGUUAUGGCAUUUUGUAUUGUUGUUGACAAACAUCUGGAAUGAUUUGAGAGUUGUUAGCCAAGAAUUCGACACCUCCAAAGACUAUUAGAAACUCAUAAGUAAUAUCUAUGAAUGUGAAGGAUUGAAAAUAAUCCAUUAAAGAUACACUGUAUAAACAGAAUUCUUAAAUUAUUAUUGGAGAACCUCCAGUGGAAGUUAUAUUAAAUUAGAUUGA